AUGGGUGUCUCUAAGCACGACCGCUGGUUCGAUUUGAAUGAGUGCCGAACGUGGAGUGCUGUCUGGAUAAGAAGUCAGUUUCCGUCCUCUUUCUUCGGGCCCGACAUCAAGAACCUGUUUUCAGCUAUUCCCUUUUCAAAAUCGAAGAUUCACACUGUUCUCUCAUCACUACACGUCCAAUAUCCCAAAUCCAAGAAGUCCUACCGACUCACCGUCAUGUCGGGCGUCGACAAUAUCAACAGCUCACGCCACGAGGAGGUCUAUGAGUUACAACCUCUCUUCAAACUUGGUGAUCCUGACCGGCUGUUCGACAGCCCGCUCGCCGAACGUAUCAGCACGCUCUUCACCAUGCAUGCUUCCAGCAAUGAGACUGAGGGAGACCCAUACGAUGACCUACUGCUCGCGGGCAAGGCAAAGCACCCAUCAUCGAACCCGUGUGAGAAUGAUGGCGAGAAGGUGCCCUCUGCGGUCGACGUCCCAACAGUAGCGCCCAUGAUUGGUACGAUAUACCUGCACUUUUGCAUACGUUUGCUUACUUCUAAACUCUCAGAUGCCGGUCAGCACGACUAUGUAGAGAGGCCAGUCCCCUCUAAGAGGGUCGAAUGUCUUGACAAAGAGGUGGACGUGGCUCUCGCGAAAGCUAAAGCCAAGGUUGUUAUCACCAUGUUCUGCAGCGUGGUCAUCAGUCAGGGUCUCGCCACGAUUGUCGCCAUGGUCAUGGCUGCCGUGGCGAUCGGACAGGCCCUGCUUCUCAUGUUCUUCUCGCUCAUUGUCAUGAUGUGGUUCAUGGAGAGCAUCAUCAAAGACUUGUAG